UAGCUACCCACAUUUUGACAGUUGAAAGCACACAGCUCGCAUUUUUGAAUUAUUUAUUUUAAAUCAAUUUAUAAAUUAAACUUACAGUUAAGGAGCGAAGCUGCAAACAGCAGCGCUGACAAAAUCAGUUGCUUUUAACGCACUGCACAAGCGUUCGCGUAGGCAGUUCGCCUGGGCAGCCGUUUGGCGGCCUGCUUAUAUAAUCGCCGGAUGAGUCUUUACAGCAGCUCGGUGCGACGUCUGCUCGACAGUUGGCCCGGCAAGCGGCGCUUUGGCAUCUACAGAUUCCUGCCGCUCUUCUUUGUGCUGGGCGCGGCGCUGGAGUUCUCCAUGAUCAAGUGGACCGUGGGCGAGACAAACUUCUAUCGCACAUUCAAGCGGCGCCAGGCCAAGAACUACAUCGAGGAGCAGCAGCAACACCUGGCGCAGCCGCAACCCACAGCCACAGCCACAGCCACAGCCUAGGCAUGCCCGCGGGCGUUUCAUGGG